AUGAUCGAAACCAUCAUUCUAUCCGACAACCCUGUUUGCAUCGGUCGUGGCAGCUUCGCCGGAGUCUACCUCGUUUCCGCCAAACUCUGGGUAUUCAAAGUCGUGCAAAACGCUCAGGACGCAGCUGCUAUUUCACACGAGUACGACGCCUGCCGUACCCUCUUUCAAUGCUGCAACAACAACUCUUUCUUCGCCGUACCCCGCGCGUUGGCCUUAAAUGUUCCAAGGAUUGACGACACCUGCGCCACCUUCCUCAUGCCUCCGCAAUUGUCCCCACGCCUCCAGGCUAGCCGUCGUCCCAUCCGCCAUAUAGUCCGGGAGGGGGAGUUUAGCCCUUUCGACAAGGCUGCAUAUGCCCUCGAUCGCGUACAUGAUCUCCCUACAGGCGUAAAGGCAUAUCUUAGACAAUGCUAUUUCCCUUCAAGUGUCACGGUCGGGCCAUCGCUAUGCCGCCUAUACUUUGGCAAAGAGGUCCCCAUAUCGACACAACCGCCGCGCUUCAUAAACUCGCAGAACUUCCCGCUUGACGUCAGACGUUAUGAAGCCUUAUUCGAAAAGUUCCCGGAGGAUCUCGAUCCAGUGGAGAAGGUCGCAGAGGGUAUGGGUGAGAUGCUAGGUCGCAUACAUGCAUGGGCAUCCUAUGACGGACGAGACAUCGAAUUCGUGCUCGGUGGAAAUGGUUUUAGUUCCUUCAGCUUCUGGGUUAUCGAUUUCAACCAGAUGCGCAAGUGGACGAAGCAAGAUAGUGACAUUGAGACGCUAACGUCGGCUUUUUUCUCCAAUGACCCCUAUUACCCUCGCCCUCGUUCCAGUGAUGCCCUCUACGCUACCUUCAAGACAGGCUACCUUUCCGCAUUCUCAGGGGAUCUCGUACCUUGGGGGAAUGCUUUCCUGGCCGCAAUUGAAGACGAGGCUUCGAGUGGCUUUUCCUACUCCAAUUCCGGCUUCAGUUCUGCUCUUGGUUUUGAUCGACAUGGGUGGUUUCCGGGGUAUCGUGGCGCUAACGCUAGCCCUGCUCCGCUUUACUGCACAACCCUUCUGGUGCCAGUGGGUAUCAGCCAGGAAUUUGGACUGGAGCAGCUGCAGGACGACUCACAAGCUACCUUUGGAACUGACUUGCACGGAACCAUCGUGCGUUAA